UGCUGCAGUGCCUCCAGAAGCGGCGGUACGGCCCCAUGUGGCGAUCCCGGUUCGGUCCGUUCCAGCUGGUGAACGUGGCGUCUCCGCGGCUCAUUGCCCAGGUGAUCCAGCAGGAGGGCCGGUACCCGGUCCGGGUCGAGCUGCCGCACUGGAAGGAGUACCGGGACCUGAGGGGGCAGGCGUACGGCCUGCAUGUGGAAUCUGGACCGGAGUGGCACCGGAUCCGCAGUGUCCUGAACCCCAAGAUGCUGCGACCCAGAGAGGUGUCGGUCUUCGCCCCGGUGGUCCAGUCCGUGGUGGACGACCUGCUGGCCCGGCUGGAACUACUGCGGCGCCGCAGCCCCGACGGUGCCACCGUGCCCGACCUGGCUGCCGAGCUCUACAAGUUUGGCUUUGAAGGCAUUUCUGCCGUCCUGUUUGAAACGCGGCUCGGAUGCCUACAGGAGGAAAUCCCCACCGACACGCUGCGCUUCAUCACCGCCGUCAACGACAUGCUGACGCUGUCCGACCUGGUGGUGCUGCUGCCGCGCUGGAGCCGUAGGCUCCUCCCCUUCUGGAGACGCUUCGUCCAGGCCUGGGACGACCUCUACGGCGUAGCUCAGAAGCUGGUGGACCAGCGGAUGGCGGAGCUGGCGGCGCAGCCUGGCAAUGGCGGGGGCGGUGAGGGGAUGUACCUGACAUACCUGCUGUCGUCUGAUAGGCUGAGCAGAGCUGAGGUUUACAUCAGCGUGACGGAGCUGAUGCUGGGCGGCGUCGACACGACGUCCAACACUCUGUCCUGGGCUCUGUACCAUCUGGCCCGGGACCGACCCGCCCAGAACCGCCUGCAGGCCGAGGUAGACUCCGUCUGCCCCGACCGCCGGCCGCCCAGCACACAGCAGCUGGGCAGGAUGCCCUACCUGAGGGCCGUCAUCAAGGAGACGCUGCGCUUGUAUCCGGUGGUGCAUGGAAACGGACGGCUGGUGUCAGAGAACGAGGUGGUGGUGGAUGAGUUCUGGUUCCCCAAGAAGACUCAGUUCCACCUGUGUCACUACGCUGCGUCCCACGAUGAGGAGGAGUUCGUGGCGCCGGAGGAGUUCCUGCCGCAGCGCUGGCUGCAGCUGGAAUCUCCCAGCAGCCAUUGCGGCAGAGCCACGCCUGGUUUCUACCGCCAUCAUCCCUACAGCUUCAUCCCGUUUGGAGUCGGAGUGAGAGCCUGUGUCGGCAAGAGGCUGGCAGAGAUGGAGAUGCACCUGGCUCUGUCCAGGCUGAUGCAGCACUACGACGUUCACCCUGAAGUCGGAUCUCCUCUCAUUGAGCCUAAAACCAGAACUCUUCUGAUCCCGUCCAGACCCAUCAACCUGCGCUUCCUGCCCAGAGCCUGAAGAGCCUCCAGCAGGGGGCGACGCCUCAUUCAGGGUUGGAUUCUUCACCACGUCCAGAGGAGAAGCUUUAACAGAAACAUUUUUAUUAAUAUUCAGUUUAUUGAAGCUGAAGAUGAUUUUCUGCCUCUGUAUCGGUUUCUGUCCUCACCGCUUUUAAAGUCUGGGCUUUGACUAGGCCGUUUCUGUGCUCUGAGCUCCAGCUGCUCUGGAACAGAUGGCCCACAUCAUGACACCUCCACCACCGGCCCCGACAUCGUGUUGUAGUUCUAUGAGCUUUCUGACCUUUGACCUGCAGAUGGAGAAGAUCAGAGGAAGAAGUGGAAGCUCAGUUUGGUUAGCAUUUAGCUUGUUGCUAAUAUGUGGUUAGCAUUUAGCUUGCUGCGGCCUGACUGCGUUCUUCAUGUGUUUGAAUGUACCUGUGCCUUUCUGAAGUAUAUUUAUUGUUACAACAGGGAAAUUAUUUUACUGUAAAACCAUCUUUUAAAUUCUGAA